AUGUCAACCAGAGAGCAGAACAGUACCUUUCGCCACAGUCCAUCACGCCCCGGGGAAGAUGUCACAACCAAGUCACGCAAGGUGGUCACAUCGCCCAGGACCAAGCUUCAUCGCGCACGUCCACGUGUCAUGCUUCUCACGGCCUGCCUCGUCUAUCUCACUACCACUCUCUUCGCCUUCCAGAUCAGUGUCGCCAGCGUCCUCAACUUGAUUUCACCAGAGUAUGAGCGAUUCAAUGACCAGCUUCAAGCGCACUCGAGUGCCUUGCGCAAGGAGCAGAUCGUCUACAGCCGUCUAGACAAUGUUCUGUCUAGUGAGCUGAACCGCGGUUUCAUGGAGACUCACGAAGAUUGCCUUGUUCGUGGGCUCGAGAGAGCGAAUCACGAACUCAUCGGCCUCGGGUUCCGGUAUCCUGAUGUCCGUGAGCAGGUCAUGGAGUGGACGAUGGAGAAUUGUGGUAGAUUGCAGCAUGCACCACAGGUUGUGAAUGAAGAGCCGACUCCACAAGAAGCCGUCUUGACGUAUUGGGCAAGUUUGAGCUAUCGUGCUCGCCGAAUUGCUAAGAAAACUCUCGAACUUGUCAAGCAGAAGCUUGGGUGGGUUUUCUGCCGACGUCAGGAUUCUGAUCAGCAUGAAGAUACUUCUCGUACUGAACAUGUAGCCGCCAACGAGUACAUGCGCACCGAUGAUUCCAUCUCUUCCGAGCGCGUUCUACCCAAGGUUCCGUUUGGAUUUGCUCUACAGUGUCAACCAGACCUGCCUUGCCGUCUCUUCUACCCGGCUGGUUCGACCGCGGAUUCUCAGGAGUUGCACGUUUCGCCAGAGACUCUCGAGAAACUUGAGCAAUGGACAGCGGAACUAUUUACUUUCAAUACCACCCUCGAUCAAAUGAGAUCGAUCAUCUCUCAAACACUACGCGUAGUGGUCUAUCUUGAGAUAUUCUUUCUGGGUCUCUCUGUCAUUACGUUCAUCUACAGUCUAACCAUCAAGAGCGAUUCGUCGCAUUCUCACACCGGAACGGAAGCGACGUAUCUGAUCAAAUCCAUGAUGAUAGAACAUCUUUCUGUCGCAGCAGCCUUCACGCUCGACAAGUACCCCGAAAUCUUUCCCAACAUACGAUCCGCUCUAAUCUUCGCCUUCAUUAUAACAACCCUCGGCUUAAACAUGGUCCUGAAGUUCCUCAUAUCCAGAUCACAACUAGAGACGAUCUCCAACAUCUUCCAGUCGUUGCAAGGCCUCUACUUGAUCCUCAGAAACCGUGACGUCCCAGGCGAUGAAUACACUUCCGAGAUCGGUGACGAGGUCAACACGGGUACCGAAGACAAAACCCCGAAUCCCGAGCCCACUUCACAAAAGAAGAAAGAAAGCAUCGCUUCGCCAAUCCCCCGCUCGCCAUUAAAACCCCACCACCGCUUCGCCGACCCAACAACGACUGUGCAGGAAGAUAUCAGACGCUCCCGCGAAUUGCUCCGCCAAGAACGUACAAAACAGCAAACAGCCAGUGAUGAUACUGAAGGAGAUACAGGUUUCGAUACCGACUCGGAGUCCGAAAAUGAUGCAUUUGUCCACAUCGCUAUUGACGCGGCGCAUCAAGUUAGUAUCUCUGAUGAACCGACGUGGUAA